GGGGCCGGGAGGGGCGGAGGCUGGGGACAGACGCCUCGCCGCCUCGCCUUGGCGAAUAGCAGCGCGCUGCCCGCCCGGAUUGGAGCAGCAGCAUCACGCUGACCUCUGCCUGGGAUGUAAACCCGGCCGGCCGCUGCGGGCAGAGGCAGGCUCUCAGCUCCUCUAGGGAACCCAGCUCUGCCACCAGGCUCCGAGCGGCUCGCUGGCGAGCAGCGGCAGCCUCGGCCCCGGCAGCGCCCAGCCGCGGCUGCGGGAAGCGGAGGGAGCCCGACGCGGGCGCGGGCGGGGAGCGUGCGCCGGUUCGCACAGGCAGCGGGAGGAGGGGCGGUGCGAGCCAUGGCCGGGGACAGCGAGCAGACCCUGCAGAACCACCAGCAGCCCAACGGCGGCGAGCCCUUCCUGAUCGGCGUCAGCGGGGGCACGGCCAGCGGCAAGUCCUCCGUCUGUGCUAAGAUCGUGCAGCUCCUGGGGCAGAAUGAGGUGGACUACCACCAGAAGCAGGUAGUCAUCCUGAGCCAGGACAGCUUCUACCGUGUCCUCACCUCAGAGCAGAAGGCCAAGGCCCUGAAGGGCCAGUUCAACUUCGAUCACCCGGAUGCCUUUGACAAUGAACUCAUCUUCAAAACACUCAAAGAAAUCACUGAAGGGAAAACAGUUCAGAUUCCCGUGUACGACUUUGUCUCCCAUUCCCGGAAGGAGGAGACAGUUACUGUCUACCCUGCAGAUGUGGUGCUCUUUGAAGGGAUCCUGGCCUUCUACUCCCAGGAGGUACGAGACCUGUUCCAGAUGAAGCUCUUUGUGGACACAGAUGCGGACACCCGGCUCUCCCGCAGAGUAUUGAGGGACAUCAGUGAAAGAGGCAGGGACCUGGAGCAGAUUUUAUCUCAGUACAUUACGUUCGUCAAGCCCGCCUUUGAGGAGUUCUGCUUGCCAACAAAGAAGUACGCUGAUGUGAUCAUCCCCAGAGGUGCAGAUAAUCUAGUGGCCAUCAACCUCAUCGUGCAGCACAUCCAGGACAUCCUAAAUGGAGGGCUCUCUAAACGGCAGACCAACGGCUAUCUCAAUGGCUACACCCCUUCCCGCAAGAGGCAGGCAUCAGAGUCUGGCAGCCGGCCCCACUGACCCCAUCUCUUGCAGACCCCAGCUCGUCUCCAAGAGACAGAGAAGGCAGGAGGCAGCAUUUGUCUGUACAGACCAUUUCCUGCGAAAUGAUCAUAUUUAAGAACACCUCAUGGAGAUAAAAAUGCCUUUUCCUCUCCUUUUUUUUUUUUUUUUAAUCAUUCUUCAGAAGAGAGAGGCCAUUCUUGUUUUUGUUUUAUAAGACAGGGUCUCACUUGGUUGCCCAGGCUAGAGAGCAGUGGCAGCAACCUCAAACUCCUGGGCUCAAGCGAUCCUCCUGCCUUGGUCUCCCACGUAGCUGGGACCAUAGGUGUAUGCCACCACCCCUGGCUAAUUUAUCUAUUUUUUUGUAGAGACAGGAUCUUGCUGUGUUGCUCAGGCUGGUCUCAAACUCUUGGCCUCAAGUGCUCCUCCCGCCUUGGCCUCCCAAAGUGCUGGGAUUACAGGUGCAAGCCAUCACACCUGGUCCUUUGAUUUUUUUUUUUUUUUUUUUCUUUUUCUUUCCCCCCUUCCCUUUCUCUUUUUGUACUUUGGAAUGGCAAAAUGAAACAGAACUUGACCCUGAGCUUAAAUGACAAAACUGUGCCAAUUACUACUGGUGAUGCCUAAUUAUGAAUCCAAUGUGUAACCAGUUAUAAAUACAUAUACAUAUAUAUACAUAUAUAUAUAUAAAAGGAUCUAUUUUUGUGUAAAUGUACAAAUACUGUAAAGCUGUUUGCUGUAAGUAUCUGGCAGGAGGACCUGGACUUGAGUGUUUUGGGACCGGAGCUGGUGUUUCACAGAGGAGUAGGUUCUAUUGCAUUCCAGGUGGGGAGGGCUCAGGCAUCUGUGGGGAUGAGGGGUGCAGGAGGGUGGCCUAUGUCCCGUUGUUCUUGAGUCCCCAUUGAACUUGAUGGGAAUGGGGUUUGAAACCCUCGAUUGGUGUCAUUUGCCACCUUUUUGGAGCUACAGCUUAAUGACUUGUCGAUGAGGGAUAAUCUUAUGUUUUUGAGUUGAAAUUAGGUAAAUCCUCAACUCAAAAAUCCAACUCAGGGAAGAGGCCCAGGAGGAGAGCAAGUCUUUUGCAUUUUCUCCCCCCCGCCCCCCACCUCUGGUUGUUCAGAUGGCUCGAUGGCCACCUUCUUACUCUAUCGAGUCUCAGUGUCUCCAUGAAGCCAGAGCUGCCCUUUUGUGCCCUGGCAGGGUUCUGUGGGGUUACCCUGAUGGAAAUAGGGACGGAGGGAGCGGAACUAUGCCCGCUUUCAGGUCUGAGGAAGCACUGUUCCUUCUGUUCCAGGGCAGUGGCUGAUCAAUAUGGGCCCUUCCUGUAUUGUGGGAACCGCACGGCCCCCUGCAGUCUGGGCUGUGUUGAGGGCUUUUGCUACCUGACAGCUGACAGCUCAAAGUGGGUGGCUGGAUAUCUCUGCCUGGGGAGGAGGGUGUAGGUGUUACCGAGACAUGGGGGUUUUACGGUGUAGUGAGGAUGGCAUACACCUGUCAUCAGGGCUUGUCACCCGCAGCAUCGUGGCUGCCACGGUUUACCUAUUUAUAAUACCACCGUAGGAACUGUCUGCUGUUGAGCUUACAGGACUGGGGAAAGGGCAAGUCUUUUUUUACAAAGUAUUUAAAAGGAGAGUAUUUAAGUCAUGGGUACCUAAGUUGAAGUCUUGUGUUGAAAGCAUUUGCGGUGGAGAUUUCUAGCUUACCUGACAGCUUCCUCUUGGUGGAAGCUUCUGGGAGAAGUACGGAUCUCUUGUAGUCUCGGUUGGCGGGGUAGAGGAAGUGGGUGGCCCACGCCAGGUGGACGAGAUGUGAUGACAGUCCUAAGCCUCCGUUUCUAGCUGCACAGGAGCCGGGUAUUUCCAUUUUCGUGUUGACCAUCCUAGAGGAUGGUAGGCCAGGCCCUGUGGCUUCCAUUGCCGAAACAUUUCGGAGAACUUUCUCAUUCCCUCACUCUCAGAGCCCAUUUGAGCCAUUCAGGUCAGCCCCCCUCCAUUAAUUGUCUACUCACACCAAAAUUUCCCAUUACACACAGCACCAUCUGAUCUGAUUACCCUUUUCUGGGCUCACUUGACUCUAAAUCUGUUCGGUUAUUUCAAAAAGUCAAAUCUAGUCCCCAGCAGAGCUUUGCCACCACUGAGGCAUUCAGUAGUCCCAAGGAAGCUCCCAACCACUGCAGUGGCUCCUGGGAGCAAGUGAAGGCUCCCACAUGCCUUUUUUGGAAGCUGGUAGUCACCUCAUGGAUAGGUCCUGGAGUAUGUGCGUCAGGGUUGAUCUUUAUCUUUGUAGUCACGCCUCAAUCCAUUCCGAGAGAAAGGAUGGAUGGCAGGCCUAGGUCAGCAUCCUGAGGACACCAGGGCCCUGGCCUGGAGGGGCUUUCUGUGCCCAUCCCUCCUGGGAGCGCCUUGGCCAUUCAGUGGGCAGCACACUCAACUCUACUUGAAGCUCCUGGUGCCAAACCAUUUAGUGCCUUGGCUGCCUGUCCCACUGCCUUGGAAGAUGCAUCUCUCAUCUCUGAGCUUUGACUUGGCUGCUUCCUCAUCCACCUGUGGUGUUGGGACCAAGCCUGCAGUGUCUCUGCGUAGCCCACUCCUCACUUGGAAACAGCUCUACUGUUCUUGUGACAUGGGCACUCCCAUCACAUGAUCACCAAUUCUUGGUGGCUUGUCUGGGGGCCCUGAGCAGUGCUUGCUUGCCAGGUUCUGUGACACCCUGCGUCUGGGGCAAGGAAGGAGUGGGCAGCCUUGCCCCUCUGUGGCAGCCCAGCCAAGGUGUGUCUGCACGUGGGAUUUCUGUAGGACUCAUCCUGGUCUUAGUGUUUUAAGAGCCUCCGGCUCUCUGAUUCCAUGGAGAGUCAGGUAUAGAAUCAGAGCAGAAUCAUGACAUUUGUCAUCUAAGUUCUCUGUGUUGUCUAAGGUGGAGGCACAGAUGAGCAGAGUGGUCGUGUGUGGUGGGAGUCUCCAGCUGCAGAGCCGCCCAAUGGUGCUUGAUUUUCUCUCCCUGCUCAGGCAUGGUCUGUGUGUGGGCCCAGUGUUGAGGAAACAUGUCACAGUGGGUCAUGGGAAGGCCUGGCCUCAUGCCCUCCACACUGACAGGACUUCUCCUGGCCCAUGUCUCUUACUCUUUUUAGGCUGCCUAAGGCCAGUGUGGAGAGAGUUGGGAGUCUAAGAAGGAUGCGUGCGUUGUGACCUCAGGUGUCCUUUGAUUGGGAGUGGGUUAAAACAUGGGAUUGCUGCAGAACAGGCCCGGGCAGGAGAGAGGAGAACAGUGUCCAGCCCACCUAACCUUGUCACCCCUGCUUCUGGUCUGGGCCAUUCAGUGAUUGUGGGUUAGUUGGUUAUCCACGUGGCCCGGUCUUUAAAUCGGAUGCCAUGGCCACACCCAGGGCGGAUAUAGGUCUGCUGUUAGGCACCCGGUCACACUGCAGACUUGGACACGCCUCUGAGCAGUGGUGGGGGGUGGGUCAGUCUCAAGCAUGGUUAGUUUAUACAUCACCUCCCUUGCUGCUCUCAGGCAGGUUCCUUGAUUCAGCCACCUCAACCUGCGCCAACACCCAUGGCUGUGGGAGGGAGGUAGCCUCCUGCAGGGAAAUACGGAGUCUCCUGUGUGCCUGUUAAAGAUUCCAGGGCCAAGGAACUGGGAUGGUUUAGGAGAAACCAGGGUAAGUUCUGGGGAACAGGGCUGUACUUCUGGAAAGGGCCAGCUGGACUUCUCUACCACCCUUGCCCUUCACAGUUUCUCAGGGUGGAGUGGGGGGACAUAAUCGGUGUCAGACGAAAUGAGGAUGUUAGCAGUCUGGGAAAAGCCGGGGUGUGUCUGGAGCACUUUGUCCCCCUUAAUCUUGUGUCUCUGGCGUUCUGCUGCCGUCCUUGUGGCAUGGGACUGGCAUUUCACAUCGGCUUUCCCAUGGCUCCUAGAGGCAGGGAGUGCCUACCCCGGGCUGCCCCAGCUGCAGGGUCAGCAGCUCAAUAGCGACUUAAGCUUCUUUCCCCUUUCAGAUGCUUGCUGCCCUCCCCCUUUUCUUUUAACCGCCUUACUUUUGUUGUUAGUAGUUACAAAAUGACCGUUAUGUACUUUGCUGUAAAUAAAGACUGAACAAAGAUGAUCCAACUCUUGCCUUCUGUGUGGU